AUGAUGAUCUCCCCGUGGGACCGCUGGUACUCCACCAGCUGCUGCCUGUGCUGCCAUGUCCGCACAGGAACCAUCAUCCUGGGAGUCUGGUACAUGCUCAUCAAUGCUGUGGUUCUACUCAUCCUGCUCACAGCCCUUAGCGAUCCUGAGCAGUACCACCUGACCAGCGCUGAGUUGGCUAAUGACCUGGAUGUCAUGGAUGAUGCCAACAUGUGCAUCGCCUCAGCGAUCUCUCUACUGAUGAUUCUUAUAUGUGGGAUGGCAACAUAUGGUGCAUACAAGCUGCGAGCUUCUUGGAUCGUCCCAUUUUUCUGCUACCAAAUAUUUGAUUUUGCUCUCAACACCCUGGUUGCUGUCAGCAUUGUGGUUUAUCCAAACACAAUACAAGACUACCUGCGGCAGCUGCCUGAUAACUUCCCCUACAAAGAGGAAAUCGCUGCUCUCAGUAAUGUCUGCCUGGCCCUCAUUGUGCUGCUCUUCAUCAGCUGCAUUCUCAGCUUCAAGGCUUACCUCAUAGCAUGUGUGUGGAACUGCUACAGAUAUGUAAACGGCCGAGGUUCUUCUGAAAUCCUGCUCUACGUUACAACCAAUGACACCACAGUGCUGUUACCUCCGUAUGAUGACAGCGUCAGUGUCCCUCCCAAGCAGGCUCCUCCACCAUACCCCACUGCUACAGCAUGA